AUGCAUCAACAUCCACGAUCACCAUUCCCGGCGAGGCAGCCAAGCGUAUCCUCACCGAGCUCAGCGAGGGGUGACGGCUCGAGAGACCCGGAUGAUAACCGCGCGUCUUCAAUGCAAUCGUCGGACACCACGAGGGGCCUAGGAAUCGACUCCGGAGCCGAUGCCCCAGCUCCUGGGAAAGAGGCUAUGGCAAAGCUCAAUCAGAUCAUAGCAAACUACCACACUAAAGCUGCGCUGAUUAUACUCCACGCGAGAGCUGACCUUCCUCAAAGUUUCAGCAAAGGAUCUGACUCUCCAAGAGUAAACCGUUGGUUCAAUGUUGAUUUAGAUGAAACCGACGAAUAUCGGGACAGUAUACGGAGAUGGAGGACUUGUGAUGCCGCCGACAAUCGACCACCACCCAUGAUAAUUGAGACGUAUCUUGAUGCAAAAUCAUUGACGAAUAGUCAAACUCUCGUUUUGAUAGACGAAAAUGGAAAACGAUGGGAUGUGGUGGGUGCUUUGGCUGCGUCACAGAAUGCUUUGGUGCGAGCCAAACCAAAGGAAGUCGUCUUAGAGAGAUGGAGAGUCGAGCUGGGCCCGUCCUCAACUCGGCCGCCUCCUGAUUUAGCGUCUAUUUUGCCUACAGUCUACAAAAAGAGCAUUGUCCUAUUUCGAUCCUUGCAUGCCUAUGCGAGAUUAUUGCCGGCCUGGAAGGUCGUCAAACGGGCAGGUAUUAUGCGUACCAACCCCGCUUUGAGGGUCAGAUAUCGAAUUCGUGAAGCUCGUGAUUCUGAUUUGUCCUCAAGCUCCGAUAGCUUGACCCUUUCUUUGCAAUCGGGAACCGAGAAAGUAGUCGAUACCUAUUCCUUUGGUACCACCGAAUCACCAGCUGGUCCGUUUUCGGUUCAAGUGACCUAUCGCCUCAAUGUUGAUUUCAGAGUUGAUGAUUCAGAAUCACUUUUGAGUUCUCGCUUCAUGGGUGCGGAUGAUAAUUAUUUCUUGCCGUCGCUACCGUCCGAAGAACCAAGCAAAAUGCUCGCUCAAGAAGCAGGCUCUCUCCCCUUGGGGAGAAGAGGGUUGGCAGAUCCAGAUCGGUCCCAGGCUUAUGGUAGCCUCUCAACGUUCCACCAGGUUGGACCGACAACAGGUGCUAGUCCCAUAUCAACAUUACGUGCCGUUCGGGAUAUGGGUAGUCCUUCACCUUCGUCCGCGUCUCCUCCGCGGAAAUUACUCUCUGCUGCUAAAGUAGGACCUGUAGGCCGCGUAGUGGGCGAGAGCAGCGGCGUGGCCAGGCGGCCUUCAAUAUCAAUCCAGCCUUUCAAAGCUCCACCGUUAUCUGCAUCUCCAUCGCUUGUUGAUCCGCCGCUCGGUGUCUCUCCUCGAGCUAGCACCGGUCGUGCAAUAACACCAUCAAGUUUGAGCGAUUCCCGUACUAUGCCGCCACCAUCAGUGCCGGCUUCGGCAGGGCGGAAGAUAGGAUUUGAACCGGCAUUACCAUCAUCAGCAUCGAGCUCUCCCAAACCCGCUCCUAUUUCAAGAUACAGCAGUUCCUUUAGCCAUCGACGAGGGAGAUUAUCUUCUGGCGGCACUACCCGUAUUGAAGAGGACAAUAUCUCGAGCGGGAAAGCAAGCGCUGCUUCAUCCGGUGCACCACCUGGCUCCGGAAUACUAGCUGAUCCUAACGGUGCCAGUGGUGAUUCGCUGCAUACAGACGACGAGAAUAUUUCUGACUUCCUUAAGAUGCUCGAUCUCAGGAAAGACCUACUAAGCCCGGUGAAAGCAGCUGCAGUUGAUGCUGCGACUCGUAGAACAUCUGCCGCGCUGACUCGGUUUCAAAGAAUGCGUGAUACUAACGCUGCACUUUCUGACUCCAUGUCCUCUUCAUUUCAUCUUCAUCGCUCGUCGAGCUCAUCCAGUCGACAGUUGUCUAGUGUUCCACCAAUGGUUGCUGGCACAUCAAUAUCUACAGCUUCAUCUCCCGGGAAACCUAUUUCUCCCCAUACCCCUCAUACACCCGCUAUCCGCUCUCGAUUGAGUUCCAACAACAACAUAAUCACUAACGACAGAGAACCGGAUGCUUCCCCCCGACAAUCAGACGUCGAGCCAGAAGUAACUCCAAGUGAUGAAACAACAUACCAACCCACUCAGCCAGGUGCCAAUGUAAUAGACAUUCCUACGUCUCCAAGCUCCGGUCUGCCGACUUACCGGCGUGCGACAUCCGCUCACAGUCGUCGCAUUAGUGCUGGAGGAGGGGACGACGAGGAAAUAUUUCCAUUUGGCAUGCGAAGUGUCUCUUUGGGCGAUGACAGAACUCACUUGAGUCUGAGCGCUCGGAUGCGUCAACAUGAAUACGAGUCUAUGGGCACAAAUACAGCACAGCCAAGCUCGGGAACGACACAACCAGCUGAUGACACCAGUAAUCCCGCAUUGCAAACCUCGUACCCUUUCCGAGAGUUCAAUACACAGCGGGGAGGGUGUGGUUCCAGUGCCGCCGUUGCCACUUCUACAUCCUCAAACCAUCCGUAUCAAACUCGCUUUUCUCAUAGUCGAGGACGAGGCUCAUCAGGAGGACCGCAAUCGCACAGCUCUACCUCUGGCAGCUUGCCACGGGGUAGCGCAAUACCAGCACACCUCACUGAGCGUGAACGCGACCGUGACGGUAGCGCAAGCGGAAGCAAUAGUGUUGCGUCAUCACUCAUAGAAAACAGACGCGGGGCUAGUCGUCGCUCUGGGUCGGGACGUUCUCUAGCUCAGCACACGACUAGUUUUGACGAGGAGGAGCCACUGCUAUUUGCAAUGAGUGAUUUUGGCGCCUCACGGCGAAGUCUCGAAGAGGGUCGACGCAGUAGCGUCGGCGGUGAAUCCGGCACAGCCUCUGGAGGAUCGAGACGUGGUAGCGGACGACGGGGUGCCGGGAUGCCGGGAUUCCACCCAUGGCAAUAGGGACUGCUACAAUGAAUCAACCUUUCAUUCAUACUGCCUACUGACGCUUCGGUAUAGACACCACACACAGUUAGACUCGACCUGAGCCUCUGCAAAACCAACUUCUUCUCGACCUUUGAAAUCCCUGCGACCAAUGAGAUUACUAAACCUUUGGAUAUCGUUUUGUUUUCUUCCAUAUUCUUCCUUAUUGCCUCUGGUCUCUCCUCUCAUCCUACUUACACGACAGGGUUAUAUAUACGUUUCCUUUGAUACUCACUUGUUCUUUGCAUUCUCCGACGUUAUGCUUGGGUAUUUACCUGCAAGCGUUUCCUCUUUUUUGGAAAGAUUGAGUCUUUUUUCGUUUCUAUCUGAUCUUGACUUGCAUUCUGGGACUCCUGGCGUUAUACGUAUUCCAAUGGCUUGGGUCUGGUCUCGAUCUUGAAUGAUAUCUUGGUCGUUCUUGGUUUCGUUGGUCCUUGAUUUCAUGCACAUCUUGUUUUUGUGUCUUUUUCGUCUCGGACCUUGAUCUUGUUCCUCUUUCUUGGGCUGGGUAUGAAUACCCUUUGGAUCUUUUGGGUGUGGUUGGGUAGUUUUCGUUUUGAGAUUGAGAGUUGAUGAUAAAGUGAUACCUUAGACCUAGGUUAAGAAUAUUUCUUUUUACCUCGCGGUUGAAUAUACAUUAUUUAUUCCAUAUAUUGAAUGCUUUUGCCUUUUCUUCAACGAACCUUUGGGGUAUCUCGGUCUUUCUAUCUAUCCUUCUUUUUUUUUUCUUUUCAGUUACCUGACUUUUUUUUGGGUUAAGACUCUAGUACCCAGAAUGACAAGGUAAUGGUACAACAAUCAUAUCUCAUGAUUCACUUUUUCCUCUUUCCAUCUCAAAUCCGCCGGAAUGUAUUCCCCGACGCACUUCGACGUGCUUUAUUCCUGUACCCAUUAU